CGCUGAGCAGAAAUCACAUUUCGUCAGCAUCUGUGGGACAGUGGACAUCUCUUUAAUCCAUUCAUGCGCGUCACUAUAAUUCGAUGACGAGGCAUUUGGCUAGCUUAAGAGAGGCAUAGUUACUCCCGCCGUUUACCCGCGCUUGGUUGAUUCUCUUCACUUCGAAAUUCAGAGCACUGGGCAGAAAUCACAUUUCGUCCGCAUCCGUCGGGUCCAUGGCAAUGCUGUGUCGCAUUCCCCUUGUCCGGCCCGGUUCUCUCUCUCUCUCUCUCUCUCUCUCUCUCUCUCUCUCUCUCUCUCCCCCGCUUCUGCGCUCCCGUUGCUCUCUCUCUCUCUCUCUCUCUCUCUCUCUCUCUCUCUCUCUCUCUCUCUCUCUCUCUCUCGCUCGCUCGCUCGCUCGCGCGAAUCGACGCCGCCCGCCCGUCGCCUUGCCGCUACCGGUAGUCGCUUCAUGCCACUUCUCUCUCUCCCGCUUGUGCGCUCCCGUUGCAACUUUCGGAAUCUCUCUCUCCCGCUUGUGUUUAUUGCUGAGGGAAGGAGAUGGAAGAAGAUCAUCAGAGGAAGUCGAGAGGGGCAACAGAGCAAAUAACUGGUGCCGAUGGGCUCGCUGGGACUCGAUCUGCCGACGUGUGGAGGAAGCAUGAAGACGAGAAGAUGGUGGUGGUCCAUCUAUCGGGAAUCGAUCCGUGUAUAACUGACCAAGCACCAGCAGCAGCAGUAAAGAAAACAUCCACCUCCAUAACUAGCAUGUUCUUCGAGAUAGCUUCUGUUUAUAGCGAUCGGACGGCUGUCAUUCAUCCACCUGUGCUGAAAUCCAGAGGUGUACAUUUGCUGAACACCGGAGAUGAACAUUUGCUGAAAAACGGACAUAUACAUUUGCCGCGUUCAUCAUUCCGAGGGUUCGUUGAUUCUCUCGAGUCCAGCGACGCUAAGGAGAAGAGGACAAGAGCAGCAGCAACCACAAAAAAUCUUCCGUCUUCCCAAACGAAGAUCGACAACGAGCAGGGCCAAAGUUCAUCUCGACAGCUGUCUGAAAAAUGUGAAAAAUUUGAAAAAUCUGAAAAAUGUGAAAAAUCUGAAUAUUGUGAAGACUCUGGAGAAUCUGAAAAAUGUGAAGAAUUUGAAAAAUGUGAAGAAACAGAUCAGCAAAUGAAUGAGAAGGAAACUGCAUAUCAGUUUCAGCCGUGUGAAACAGAGGGAAAGGUUGAGUACAGAGAGCGGAAAGCUGAGUGCACAGAGCCAAAGAAGGUUGAGUACAGGGAGCGAAAAGUUGAGUGCAUAGAGCCAAAGAAGACUGAGUACACAAAGCGAACGGUUGAGAUUGAGUACACAAAGCGGAAGGUUGAGUACACUUACAAGCAGUUGAGGCGGGGAGUGGUGAAUCUGGCAAGAGAGAUACAGAGACAAGUGCUAAAAGGAAGAGAAGGAGAAAGCAAUGAAGGAAGCGGAGGAGGAGGAGGAAGAGGAGGAGGAAGAGGAGGGAUGGGGGAAAGGCAGGCAAGGGGAGAAAGCGAUAGAGGAAGAGGAGGAGGAGGAGGAAGAAGAGGAGGAGGACGAAGAGGAGGAGGAGGAGGAGGAGGGAUGGGGGAAAAGCAGGCAAGUGGAUGCGCCGCGAAGAAUGGCAGAUGUUCGAUGGAUGAAGAUUCUCCACUUCUACGGAUUGGAAUAUUCGUCGAUCGAUCAGUGGAGUACAUUGUGGGAGUGCUCGCAUCACUUUAUGUUGGUGCAGCCUUUGUGCCCUUUGACACGUCAUGGGAAGAUGGCGGAGAGCGAAAGCAAGAUUGCUCUCCUCCUAUCCCAUCUCACAGACCUCUUGGCCACGUGCUCGCACAGCAAGAGGACAUCCAUAGCCUCGACGCCACGGCGCAGAAUCACAAACGGGCAUUGGAUGACCUCAACAGCCGCUUCCAGCAGCUGCAACAAACAGUCGCCGCCCCCGCCGCCAACACCUCCAACAUGUCUGAUCGUCUCAAUGCCUUGGAGAUCGACAUGGGGACAGUCAAGGAUGGCAUGCAGCACCAGCACACCGCCACCCAGCCAUUGGAGCAGUGGAUAUGCACCGCUGCUGCCCAUCCAAGUUCCUCAGAACGGGAGUCAACUCCAAAGUGGGACAGCCAGACAAUCAUCCUCGACUCGUCCAAGACGGACCCAGUUCAGUGGUUUCGCAAGUUCGAAUUGACGCUGCAGCUUCAUUACGUCAGCGAACAUAAGAACCACGCGUACUUGUAUUCCCGGUUAGGGGGAGCAUGCCAGGCAUGGCUGGACAAUCUGUUGUCCAAGUACGGCGUGAUCGCUGCAGAUCUGCAUACAAAGAUCAGUUGGGAAGACCUCAAGGCAGCAUGGCACAAGCGGUUCCAGGUGGAGCCGCCAGAGAUCAAGGCCAUGGACAAGCUGCUCACCUUCGAGCAGGGCACGCUGCCGAGUGUCGACUGGAUAGCCGAGUACCAGCGCUUGACAUCCGUCCCGGAUCUGCAGAUGGGCUUCAAAGCCAUACGCCACUACUUCAUCUCAAGGUCAUGUCCGACAUUAAGCAAUGCCCUGACUCAUGUCGAGGACACCUUGAUGACGACGGCGGAACUUUUUGACAAGGCCACGCAGAUCAUCAUUACGAACAAGGAGGCGAAGAAUCUGCGUUCGUCUGCGGCAGGCCCGAGCAGGGACCAGCAUCGGCCAAGAGUGGCCGUGGUCGCGGCGGCAACUCCGUUUGACCAAACCAGCGAAGCUCGGUACGAUGACAACAAUGCACCGCUCAUGUAUGUCCGCAUUCAAGUUGGGCAAGCGUCCUACAACGCUUUGCUGGAUAGUGGCGCGUCUCGCAAUUUCAUGAGCCAAUCCUUUAUGCAAAGGGCUGGCCUUGGCGCACAAGUACGGAGGAAGGCAAAACCGACGGCGAUCAAGUUGGCGGAUGGGAAAACGCAACAACUUCUCAACCGUUACAUCGAGGCCGUACCGGUCUACUUCGCACCUCAUGCAUGCGAACCGGUGACAUUCGAUAUUCUCGACACGGACUUCGACAUCAUUCUGGGAAUGCCUUGGCUUGCAAGUGCGGAUCACACGGUCAACUUCCACCGGCGGACUCUUAGCGUUCGCAACGCCUUCGGCGCGGAAGUGGCGUGUACUAUUCCUCUACCACACCGUUCGAUUCGGUGCCAAGUGGUGACGGCUAAAUCAUUCCGGGCGACUUGCGCUUACGAGCAGUCCGAGGAAAUCGGCCUAUGUUUCCUACGGACCGUCGCGGUAGCCGAUGCUUCACCCACAGAUUUGUCUUUGGACCCCUGGGUGGUGCGGUUGCUGGACGAGUUCGCCGACAUCUUCGAGUCACCUACCGGUGUCGUGUCGGAUCGGCCGAUCUCUCAUGAGAUCAUUCUUGAGGCUGGUGCCGUGCCGCCGAAAGGUUGCAUCUAUCGGAUGAGCGAGGAGGAGCUUGAGGUCCUCCGCGCACAACUCGACGAUUUGUUGGCCAAGGGCUGGAUCCGCCCUAGCAGCUCCCCAUAUGGAGCACCGGUUCUCUUCGUCUGGAAGAAAAACAAGGAUCUACGAUUGUGCAUCGACUACCGCAAGCUCAACGUGCAAAUCGUCAAGAAUGCGGGGCCUCUCCCUCGCAUCGACGAACUUCUUGAGCGACUGGGCGGCGCAAAGUAUUUUUCUAAGUUGGAUUUGAAAUUAGGAUAUCAUCAAAUCUCGAUCCGGCCGAACGAUCGCUACAAGUCCGCAUUCAAGACGUGGUACGGGCAUUUUGAGUGGGUGGUCAUGCCUUUUGGCCUCACCAACGCCCCGACGACCUUUCAAGCGGUAAUGACCAAUGAGUUUCGUGCAAUGUUGGACCGGUUCGUGCUGGUCUACUUAGACGAUAUUCUCAUAUAUAGCCGGUCAUUGGAGGAUCAUCUGGGACAUCUUCGACGAGUGUUGGAGACGCUCCGCCGCGCCAAGUACAAGGCCAACCGUGACAAGUGCGAAUUUGUCCGGCAAGAGCUGGAAUACUUGGGCCAUUUUGUCACACCGGAGGGCAUCAGUCCGCUAUCGGACAAGAUUCAAGCCAUCCAAGAGUGGCCGGAGCCCCGGAACGUCACGGAUGUCCGUUCGUUCCUUGGCCUUGCCGGCUACUACCAGCGUUUUAUCAAAGGCUACUCGAAGAUCGUGGCCCACUUGAACAAGCUUCAAUGCGAGGAUCGACCGUUUGACUUCGGAGAGGAGGCGCGGGAAUCAUUCUUUGCUCUUAAAGCCGCGCUAUUAUUUGCGGAGGUCUUGCGGAUAUACGACCCGCUUUUGCCUACGCGCGUCACUACGGAUGCGUCAGGCUAUGGCAUUGGUGCAGGCCUCGAGCAACAGGAUGCUGUGGACUGGCACCCGGUCGAGUAUUUCAGCAAGAAAGUGCCCAUCGUGCAUUCCAUUGACGAUGCACGCAAGAAGGAGCUCCUCGCCUUCGUCCACGCGCUCAAGCGGUGGCGGCACUUCCUCCUUGGUCGAAGCCAAUUUCGAUGGGUAACGGACAACAAUCCGUUGGUCUUCUAUAAGACCCAAGACACCGUCAACAGCACCAUCGCUCGAUGGAUGGCUUUCAUCGACCAGUUGGACUUCUUUCCCGAUCACAUUCCCGGGAAGUCGAACCGUUUUGCGGAUGCUUUUUCACGGCGUCCGGAUCAUUGUACCGCGGUCUACUCAACCUUCGAGAUCGAUGAUGAUCUACGGAACAGCUUCAUCCGCGGCUACCAAGCCGACCCCGAGUUUCGCGACAAGUACUCGAAUUGCUCCUCUCCUAAUCCGGCGCCUUCUCACUACCGGAUCCAAGAGGGGUACUUGCUUGUCCACACGCGGGGGAAGGACCUUCUUUGCGUACCGAGUGAUUCUCACUUGCGUACACGGCUUCUUGGCGAGUUCCACGAUGCUCCCGCCACCGAGCACUUUGGAGUCAAUCGCACGAUUGGCCGACUUCGCGAGCGAUUUUGUGGGAGGUCGGCAGCAGUCUCUCGAACCGUCGUCGUAAACCCCCAUCCCGACGACGAUGGCCGCGAAGUGACGGCUGUUCAGCGAUCACCCACGUCUCCAGCGCCGCUGCGGGAGGCUUCGGGGAACAACAAGGAUCCUCCUAGGCAGCAAUUUCGGUCGCCGUCUGUGUGUAGGGGUGCCUCCGCUCGCCCCCAGUGGAUGCAGUCUCCGUCUCCCCUGUCCGCCGGUUCGAGUGCAGGUCGUCGUGUUGGCGAGUGUAGGGAGACGGCGCCUGCCGUUGCUGAUGUUGGUGACGCACAUGACGGAAGGGAGGUGUGGGCAGAACAGCGACGGUUGAUGAGGUCGGUGCGGGAGGAGUCCAUAACUCGGGGGGUGCAACGAUUGCGUGUUGGGGAAGACGGGCACGACGGCGAGGAAGCAGUGGGGGACGCGCACGACCCCGACUGGAACGACAACGGCGCUGAAGGUGGGGAGGACGACGCAGGCUACAUUUCGCGGUCGAAGCAGGCAGCCGCUAUGGGAGGGAGGGGGGGGAAGACGAAGUCGUGUGGCGGUAAUGGUCGUUGGGGCAAAAGGACGGCAGGCAAGGGCAGCGAUGCCGAAGGUGACGUCGAUGGUGAAGGAGGUCGUCAUUUUUGGUCCGUUGACGACAUUAUAGCCCUCAUCCGGGCUAAACGUGAUCAGGAUGCGCAUUUGCAGGGGAUGGGCCACGCGUACGCUCGGAUGAAGCCGCGAGAAUGGAAGUGGCUGGAUGUGGCGACGAGGUUGAAGAAGGUGGGCGUCGACAGAGAGGCCGAUCGGUGCGGGAAGAAGUGGGACAAUCUGAUGCAGCAGUUCAAGAAGGUUCAUCAUUUCCAAGGACUGUCCGGGAAACAGGACUUCUUCCAAUUGUCUGGGAAGGACAGGAUGUCGAAGGGCUUCAAUUUCAAUAUGGAUCGUGCGGUUUACGAGGAGAUACUGGGGUCGACCGCCAAGAACCACACCAUAAACCUGAAGAACGUCGCGGACACUGGCGCUCAGGGUGGUGUGCGUCUGCCAUCCGCCUCCUCUGCGGAUCCCGACGGGGACGGUGGUGCAGAGCACGACGACGACGACGACGACGACGGGUCCACCAAAGGUUCUUCGCAGACGACGGGUGGCGCAGACGGUUUCGGCAAGAGGAAGAGCACAAGGCAGCAAACAUUUGAGGCCAUGACGGAGUGCAUGGAGAAGCACGGGGCGUUAAUGGCGUCAACGGUGGAGAGCAACAGCAAACGUCAUUGCUCCAUCGCCAUACGUCAAUGCGAGGCGCUGGAAGCGGAGAUCGAAGUGCAGAAAAAGCACUACGCAGCGUUAGACGAAGUGGAUGACCUCCUCUUCUGGAACGAGAGGGAGGGAUUUGCCAUCGUCAAGUUGAUCGCGGAGGCGCGCGGUUAUCUUGUGGCUGUGGCGCGGGGAGAGCAGCCUCCGCCCAUUCGACGCAGCAUCGUCUUGCCUCACAACAGCAUCCCGCAGCACAAGAUCGCGGACAAGUCGGAGUUAAAUGCUGCAAAGGAGAGGGCGUUGAAGGUUCAGGGGAUCGCUUUGCGGGUGAUACAUGGGUGGGUCUUCAAGUCUCAGAACAGGCAAAGGGGGUACCAUGCGGCGUACCAGUACGCACUCAACCACGCGGCCACCGACAUCGCUCGCGCGAUGUGGAUGGGGGAGGACUGGCGCUAUUGUGUGAGUCCGAUGGUCGUCCACCACACGCUCGACAUGGAUAUGAAGCUGCCUUUGUGGUUCGUGGGCGCCGACGUCGAAGACAUGCACGAGGAUGACGGCUUGGCGGCUUAUCAGGAGGCGAGCAUCCAGCGACUGGUGGGGGCUUUCACAAGCGCCGUGAUCAUUGCGGAGGCGACAGACGGCGGGCGUGUAUCGCACGAAAGGUUGAAGACCAUGGUCGACGCGAUGCGGAUGAUGCUCGCGGCGACCGUGUGGCUCAUGCGAAUGGCGGGUGACGAUCAUCGCGCGCAUUACGACGCCUGGGUCUUCGUCCAACUCACGGCGAAGCCGACGCUCGUCGCAUCCAUGCAUCGCUGCUUCGACGCACGUCGACACAUCAUGCAAGCUGCGACCGUAAUCACCGACAAGUUGGCGAGUCCCCCCAUCACUUUGAUCGACCCUCCAAUGUAUGUUCCCGACUGGGCGUCCAUCGGUGUGAAGUUCUCACACGACGCCACGCUGUCUUCCCCGAUGGAGGCGAAGAAGGUGGAUUGGCUGGGCACAGGCCCCUCGGAAGACGAAGACGACGGGAAAGGUGACGAACAGGGAAGCGGGGGGGGUCGAUGACGCCUUUUAGUCGUCUAGGUAGUUUUUCCUCGCGUGAUGUUGCUCUGCCGUGG